ACUUAACCAACUGAGCCACCCAGGCGCCCAGACUUGGUGUGAUUCUAAUGAAAAUCCCUGUGCUGUUUUCAGCGGGACCACGUGUCCCUUUCAGAUCUGAAAGUGUCCUAAAGCUGCCAAGUCUGACCGUGCGGGUCAGUGUGGGGACGUCGGUGGACAGAGCCCUAGGGCAGAGUCCAGGCCCUUGGGGCACACCUGGGACAUGGGAAAUUCUGCUUUAUUUGUGAACACAGGGGUAGGACGUGUACACACGUAAAUCCAGGCUCGUGUAUUGUGUGUGCGGAGCAUUCUUUACGGCAGAGGCCCCUGCGCCAGCUUCUGUGCUGGGAAGGGGCAGUGUGAGCUCCGCCCGUUUGCUGGGCAGCCCUGUGGGGCCGGGGGGUCGGGGGUGGAAGGGACCCCGUGCCCUGUCCCCCGUCCUUCCACGAUGCUGCUUCAGGAAGUAAGUCCCAAGGAAAGAGCGCAAAGUGCUGGAAACGCUUUGUUUAGAAAGACACACACACACACCCACACACACACCCACACCCUGCUAGUCCCAGCCUGCUCGUGCAGCUCUGGAAGAUCGGCUGUGACCUACUGGAUAAUCUUGGUAGAAUGUACUGGUAUUUAGGUAAUAUUCACAAAGCUUUUUAAUCACAUGAGAAACACACGUUAUAAAAUGAAGGAAAUUGAAUGUGAAAUUAGACACUGUGUGAUCACUGUGGAACCACCUUUAAAAGGCAUUACAAACCAGUCACUGCAAGCCUAGAAACCAAGGGGGACACCAGAGUAAGUAAAGCAGGGACCGAGCCCCCGCCCCCUGCCCUGCCGCUCGGACUGCCGUGGCCCAGGCCUGGCUGCAUCAGGCUCUGACUCCUGUCUCUCGCCUCCCCCACAGAAUGUGAUGCUGGAGCUUUCCAAACGCAGCCGCAGUGGCAAGUUCCGCCUGGUGACGAAGUUUAAGAAAGAGAAAAACAGCAAGAACAGAGAAGCUCGCAGUAGCCUGGGAGCCCCGGUUCACCUCUGGGGGACAGAGGAGGUUGCUGCCUGGCUGGAGCACCUCAGUCUCUGUGAGUAUAAGGACAUCUUCACGCGACACGACAUCCGGGGCUCCGAGCUCCUGCACCUAGAGCGGAGGGACCUCAAGGACCUCGGCGUGACCAAGGUGGGCCACAUGAAGAGGAUCCUGUGUGGCAUCAAGGAGCUGAGCCGGAGCACUCCUGCCACCGAGGCCUAGCCCUGGCCCUGUCGGCCUGCGUCCCCCGCGCCCCCCGCGACUGAGGCCAGGCCCAGCGCCGGCCCCUUCUCAUGGUGCUACUCCCUUUGCUCCACACGGGAAGCCUCGCAGAUGCCCUUUCUGUGACUGCUCCGGGGUCUCGGACACACCAACACAGCUACCUUUGAAACAGCACCUGGUCCCGCCCGGCGGCGUGGGGGGCGGGCCGCCGCCCCCUCUCCGUUCUCGCUGACCUGCGCCCCGGGCCGGGCCCGACCUCCUGGGCCCCGGGCAGCCCGCGUUCGUCGAGCGGGUUCCUCGUCGCGAGCCCCGUGUUCGCGCACCGUGUGGCAUCUCCCGGGCCCGCAGACUCUGGCCCAGCCGGCAGCCUCCUGCCCGGGAAAGGUCUGUGCCCGCCAGCCAUCCUGGUUCUUGGCAGCAGCCCCGCGGGGCCCCCCGCGGCUGUCGUCCCGUUUACUGACCAUCGGUCACAGCGACCCUGCCCCUCCUGGCUUGAGAGCGCCGGGACGCGUCGCUAGGCCCGUCCGUUUUCACUUGACCCGGAGAGGAGGCAAACCCGCUCCUCCUUAAGCCAAGUAACCGGGUGGCUGUGAUCUUCGGCUGACACAUCCCCUGCCCGUUCGCCUGUGGUCCCUUGUCCCGGUUGGUACCCUCUCAAGCUGCUGACGUGGGACGUCUGUCCCCGAGACGCCGUAGCCUCUCCUGUCUCUCCACAGACAGAGGACGUGUUUGCGUGAGCUUGCUGUUGGGGGGAGAGCGCGCUUCCUGGGCGCCGGGGAGACUCCCCUCCCCGUUCUGGGGGUGCCCGGGCUUGGUCCCGGGCCAGCGUCCCGACGGUCUCUGACCACGUGGAUGGCUCUGUCUCAUGACGCUCUGGCCCACGUCCCCAGCCCUCCUGGGCCCGGGCGGGGGAACGGCGUCCGGCUGCCAGCCAGGGCCCUGUGCCCCAAAGUGGGGGGUGGGGGGGUGGGGGCGGAGCUGAGCGUCCGCAGGCCGUGCCACCCCCCGCCGGAGCUCGCUUCACCCCUUGUUCGUGCGAGGGGACUGGGCUGCCGGCGCCAUCCGGUCACCCUUGGGGGCCCUAGGGAGCUCACCGCUGAACGGCCUCUACUUGCCACUUGCUUUGCAGGCCCCUGUGCCCCCCCCUUACUGGUGUGCACGGUGGGCCCCUCCGUGAGCCCGGCCGGGCCCAUGCCUCUGGUUUGGGGGUGCUCCUGCUGCUGGCCUUCCGGGCGCCCGGCCCGCUCCUGUCCCGAGGGCGGAGUGGCUGCACUGGGUUUGGGGUGAAGAGGCCCGUGCUCCGCAGGGCCGCUGUGUGUGGCCUUCCCACCCCGAGUUCCGGGGCCCGUUCGGGACAUGGAAGGCAGGGAGGGAUCAUCUGGCCACCAGAAAUCACUGGCUUUCCAGGUAGAACAGGCUGAGGAAGGAGACUGUGGGGACCCGACCCUGCGGUACCAGAAUGGCGUGUGCGCUGUCCUCUCUGGCAGGGACCAGGGACAAGCACGCACGCGGCGAGGGGGGGUGGCGGCGGCUGGGGCUGAAGCUGCGGGGCCACCCCAGGCCCUCCCGGCCAACUCUCGGGAAAGCCUGAGAGUUGGGUCAAGCAUGGUGUUGAAAAUUAAUGUGUUGUCAGUGAUGAAAACACACUGUUUACGUAAAAACCAUUUUUCUGAUUCUAGUAAGUUAGAGGUGAAUGGAGUAAAAGUGAGUGUCGCGUGGAAGUGCAUCGCUGUGGGGCCGGCGCCGUGUCGCCCUCUGUAGGGCUGCUUCUCUGCCUGGCCCGACCCGUCCCCGCUGUGGCUGGGGGGGGGGGGAGUCUUGGAGAAAAGGUUUUGUGCCCUCGGGUGGGGCUUACCCCUCAUAUUUAUGAUCUUAAUUUAUACAGUGCCCGCCGUGGAAGCAAAUGUCUCCUGUAUCGCUGUGUACAUACCCGAUCUGGGGGUGUAAAUAGGCUGUUCUGUGUAUAAAUAAAAUCUUCCGUUGUCAGA